AUGCCGGGUCUUUUUGCAAAAAAGAAUCCCCGAGAGGAGUUACGACAUGUUAUUUCCAGUGUGAGACGACAAAAAUAUACCAUUCAACGUGAAGUGAAUCAAUUGAUCGCCCAACGAAAGCGAGUUGAGGCAGAAAUUAAAAAACGAGCCAAGGAAAACCGGAUGGACGAAGCCAAAAUACUGGCAAGGGAAGUAGUUGCCCAGCGGAAGGCUAUCAAACGAAUGUACUGUGCUUCAGCACAAUUAGAUACUGUUGUUUCAGAACUACAAAUUCAAGCGUCAAUGGGAAAAAUGGCUGGUUGUAUGCAGCAGAGUACCGCAGUGAUGAAAGCGAUGUCACAAUUGGUUAAGGUACCGCAACUGCAGAAAAACAUGCGCGAGUUGAGUAAAGAAAUGAUGAAAAUGGGUCUGAUGCAAGAGAUGAUGGAAGACACAAUGGAAUCGGCUCUCGAUGACGAGCAGGGAAUGGAUGAGGCCACCGAUGCUGAGGUGAAUAGGAUUAUCAGUGAACUGACCACCGAAUUUGCUGUGAAUGCACCGGACGCUAUUCAGUCGUCCGUGGGUGGUGAACAAGCCGAGCGUGACACCGAACUUGAUGAACUGUCUGCACAACUAGAACGAUUACGUAACUGA